AUGAACAAGUUGCUUAUGCUUACCUUUGCUUUGUCCAUCAACUUUGCUCUAUCGAUGAAAAAUGAUCCGGAAUUACUGGACCACAAACGUAAUUCAAUUAUAAGUCUGCAAAACUUUUGCUAUUGGGAAACUGGUUUUACGAAAGAGAAACAUAAACUAAUACGAGACACACUUGCAUACUUAUCAGACACGAAUUACUAUUGUUACGUAGGCUGCUAUUGUACCCACUUGAAACAUCUAUCGCUUUUUGAGAAAACAUUAAACUUCGAAGCGGUUGUGACUUCUGUCACUCGAUUACUCUCUAUUCCAACAGCACACCACGUCAUUAAUCAGUGCACAAAUAUAAGUACAAACAGUCUGUGUGCUGCUGGAAGAGAGAUUCACGAUUGCUUUGCUCAAAAUGGAGUCGCUAUUGUAGGUUUAAUUGGGUACUUUGAUGGAGAUAAAAAUUAA